AGGAAGUCGAAACUUGGGCAAAAAGAUUAACCCACAAAGAAAAAAACGAAACUUUCCCCUUUUUUUCCCCUUCUUUUUUUCGCUUUCUUUCUCGCACUUGCGGAGUGAUUGGUGAGAGUGAAAAGAAAAUUAUGGGAAUUUUCCAGUAAGAGAGGGAAAGUGGUGGGGAAGAAGAGGGAGAGAAGCUCGUGAAAACUUUUUUUUUUCUUUCCUCCUUUCUUUUUUGUUUGUUUGUAAUAGUAGUAAUCUAUUGUUUGUGUUAUGCAAGAGAGAAGAAAGGGAAGAGAGAGUAUAGAGACAAAUGCCCACCACCAUUAACACUUGUCUCUCAUCUCUCACAUGAGCAUGACCCAUCUCCUCUCUUUCCCCCCACCAUUCCUUCCUUCUUCUCCUCUCCUCCUUCGUCCGGCUCAUCGACAUUUAUUGUCGCCACUGUUGUUGGGUCUUGGAAAUUUAUAGUCCCACGAGCGGAGGGAAUCGUACAAGGGGAAAGCAAAUAAGGAGGUGGGUAGUGGGUGAGAAAUUCGAUUGCUUCUUUUUAAUUCUCCGGGCUUCAUCCCCAGAUGCUAUGCUGCUGUUUCAAUGGGCAAUAAAGACGCGCACCAGCAGAAUCUGCAGCAGUUGGAGAGCGGCAAUGGGGGUACUCACGGCGGGAGGAGCUCUUGCUGCCCGAUAUCCAGAAUCGGAUUCAGUUUUAGAUGUGUUUUCGCUGUGAUCCUUUCUCUGGCACUUGUACUCUCCGGGAUCUUCUGGAUCUUCCCUUUCGGCUCACACAAUUCGAAUGGUUUUGAUGCCAAGGAGGCAAUUAAGCUCAGUGCCACUGUACAGGCAUGCUUCAAAAUUCCAAAGCCAGUUUCAGAGGUUGUUCCACACAUUAAUUCAUUAGAAGACGACAUCUUCAAUGAAAUAAGUAUUGAUGAUAUGAAGGUGGCUAUGCUGUCAAUGCAUCAAAAUGGCACUUCCAACUGGACGGAUGGGGUUUUUGGUAUACUUUCUGAUCAUAUGAAUACUCCUUUGAAUCCAGCACACCUAAGUGUGCUGCGGUCCUCUUUGGUCGACCUCUUCCUGAAGCAGAUGAAUCUGUCUGUAACUACCUCUGUUUUUGGGCAACCUUAUGAUUUUGAAAUUCUCAAGUUUCCUGGAGGGGUCACUGUAAUUCCUCUCCAAUAUGGCUCAAUUUGGACACCCCGACAGCCCCUUUUAAAUUUUACCCUCAAUAAUUCAAUAUCUGAGAUCCUCCACAAUUUUGGUGAACUGAGGGACCAGCUGAGGUCAGGAUUGCAUCUCAGGGCAUACGAGAAUCUAUUCUUGCAAAUAACAAACUCAGCAGGUUCCACAAUACAUCCCCCAGUUACAUUGGAGGCCUCAGUCUCAUCAGAGUUCGGCACACUUUUGCCACAAAGGUUAAAACAGUUGGCUCAAGCCAUUGCAGAUUCCGAUAGCAAGAAUAAUCUCGGCCUGCAUAACUCUGUCUUUGGUAAGGUGAAGGGUGUUAUUCUGUCAUCGUACUUAAAUCGGACACUGAAUCCAAACACUCCAUCUCCUGCACCUGCUCCCUCUCCUGAGCCCAGUGACGACGUUUCUGAACCAUCAGCUUCCCCUUAUCCAAUAAACCCUCCAGCUGUUUCUCCAGCUCCCCCUCCGCAUAAACAUACAAGAAAAGCCCCCAAAAGGAAAAGAACACCUUCCCAUUUUUUCCCUCCUGUAAAUUCUCCUGCUCAUCCUCCUGACCCUUGUCCAUAUCAUGGUCGUAAAGUUAUUCCACCUAGGAGAUCGCCAUCGCCCUCCAAUGAGCAAAAUUUCUUCCAUCCAGAUGCACCCCCACCACAGUUGUCCCCCGAACUCUCUCCUUUACCUGCAGUUUCAUAUGGUUCAACACCCUCAGAAGACUCAGAGUCUCCAUCCCUGGCUCCUCCUCCAUCUGUUCAUUCCGGAUCAUCUUUUGCAGGACAACACAGGCCAGUUGCGGAGAUGUGGCUGCUGGGAUUAUGGUGCCUUCUGAUCUCUCAUCUUCUUUGUUGGCAACAUGGAUAGUUGUUCAGCCUGCUCAUCAUCGUAAUGCAUGGGGAGACGAUUGCUGAAGAUAUCACAGUACCCAGUUUUGUUUUGGGGGUGAGGAUGGUAGGAAUUUGUGCGAAAAAAAGUUGCAGAGUUUCGUUCUUUGUCAGGUUACCGACAACCAACCAACCAACCGGUAAAAAAAGCAAGUGUAAAUUCUAUGAAAUAGGGGGAGAUAAUGGCAGGUCAAAGCCAAAAGGUGGCAGGCCUCUCAUCUUCACUUUGUAGGUUUUGUGGAUGCUGCUACUACUGGAGAAGUCUAUUGUUCCAAAGGGAACACAGACAGCAAUGUGUGCCACCCAUAGUUAAGCUUUCUUUCCCAACUGGAAAGAAAUCAGAACUUCUGUGAAGGAAAAGAGUAUUAUUAUGAAUCUGGAGAAGCAGAACAUCUGGGUUUGCAGAGUUUAAAGAUAAGAACCAACAAGUUGCUACUAAUGUGUCGUUGCAAGUGUAAAAAUGUCUGUCAGGACUGGUUCUUUCCUUUGAGCAUAUGCAGUCCCGAGUGGAAAGGCAAAACACAAGAUAAAAAGCCAGAUAAUCACUGUAAUGCAGAGUAUUUUUAUUUUCGUUUGCGAAGAUUGAAUACGUGGUGGUGGUUUUAACUCAUUUCAUCACCUUUAUACUUGCAAUGGCUUCAACUUGUGUUUUCACGACUUGUUAUCCUGGCAAAAUCUGGCUGCUAUCCAAAUGUGAGGCGAGCAGCUUGUGUUGGUUCUCCUCGGGUUUCUGCUGUUCGAUUGGAUGUAAUGAUAAUUUUGUAUAUAAAUGCGCCAAUGCAAU